GCAAAAAAGGGGGUGAGGGCGGAAGAAAGGCGCCACAAGGCCCUUGAAAGGGUUUUUUCCAGGGCCUCCAAGAGGGCCCACAGGUCCCCUUCGCCUAUUGAUAAGGGGAAGCAGAUCAGGACUGACAUUCCUAACCCCCCUAGCCCAGAAUGUGGCGCCCAGACCAUGCAGGGAUCUGGGGCCUGGUCACCGGAUAGGACAUCACAGUUGUCCAUUAUGCAGACGGGGACUGCCCCUUUAUUUCGUACCCUGUCGGAGAUGGAAUUUCAGGAUAUUCCUAGUUCCAUUCCAGGCCAGGCGGUGGUUGUGUCUCAGGGGACUGGGACAUCUGCUCUACAACCUGAGACUAGUUUUCCCAGAGCUCCAGUGCUUCAGUUACCUGACUCCAUUGGGUUGAUGAUCCAACAGGCGGUACGCCAGGAGUUAGCUAAAUCCCGAAAUAAGGAGAGACAGAGUAGGUCUACAAGUUCUGCAUCAGCCAUGUUUAGGCCUCAUAGGGAAGAAUCCUCGGAGGAGGGCAGUCAAUCUUCAAUAUCUGGAGAGGAAGAUGCUGGAGAAGCCUUGUCAGAGGACGAAGGCCUGGGGCCAGAACAACCCUCAUUUGUGGGACUCUUUAAGCCGCAGUUGUUUCGUUCCCUUCUGUUUAAAGCAUUGGCUACCACGGGGCUGGGCUCUGCUCAGGCUCCUUUGACGGAUUCCCAGGUUUUACCUAGUACUUCAUCUAGUCUCUUUGUGGAACCCAUGGUGGUGGCAGAAGCCAUUCCGGCGCCAAAGAUGUUUGUGGACGUGGUCCAGCGGCAGUGGUCUUAUCCAGGUUCGGGCCCUCUCCCCAGUGCCACAGACAAAAAGUUCUUUAACUGCGCUCCUGAUCUAGAAAACAUUCUACAGGUGCCCACAGUGGAUGCUCCCGUAGUCGCCCUCACGACGACCUCUCACGUGACGGGUCCUGAGAAUGAGGCUCUUCGCCCGGAAGACAAAAGGGCAGACCAAUCCCUAGUCAAAUCCCACCAAGCCUCGGCCUGGGCUAUCAGAUCUUCAAUGGCAUCUUCAUUUUUUAAUAGAGCUUCCAUUAUGUGGCUUAGACAGCUUCAGGGUCGUUUAUCAUCAUCUGACGUGAGGGCCCACCAGGACCUUAACAAGGUUAUUGCAGCUUUAGAGUUUUCGGCUGAUUCGACGCUUAACGCUGCUAGAUUUUCAGCCAAAGCUAUUGGGUCUACGGUCACAUCCCGCCGACUCUUAUGGUUGCGCCACUGGAAGGCAGACACUAGAAACAAGUGGCGGCUGGCAUCUUCCGCAUACGCAGGGUCGAAGUUAUUCGGAGCCUCCCUGGACCCAAUCCUGGUGGAAACUAAAGACAAGAAAAAGGUGUUACCGUCUUUGUCGCGCAGAGGCGAGCUGCGACAACAACCCUAUUUUCGUCCCUCGACUGCCUCUUCUUCUUCCUUUCGUAACCAGGAAUUCGGAGGAUCACGACGGCGAAGAUAUUCACCGUUCAGAGGAAACUCCCAACGGGCAGACCAGUCGGCCUCUGCAGUGGUUCCUCCUGCCACAUCAAAGGAAUCGGCGCAGUUCAUCAAGGCUUCGGGUGACUCUUCCAAGGGAGGUACUCGGUUCUCUGGAUUGGUGGAAUCCACAGACGGUAGCCAGAGGCUCUGGAUUCAGGGAGCCAGCGAGGGUCAUCAUCACCACAGACGCCAGUCUUUCGGGAUGGGGAGCCCAUCUCGAUCAACAUCUAGCACAGGGCAAGUGGUCUCUCCCGGAAAUCCGCAAUGGUAUCAACUUUCUGGAGCUGCGCGCCAUCCGCCUGGCUCUUCUAGCUUUCGAGGAUCUCAUCAGGGACAGACAUGUACUUGUCCUCACGGACAACGUGACGGCGAAGGCGCAUAUAAACAGGUGGGGUGGCACUCGUUCUCGCAGACUGAUGAAGGAGACGCUCUCCCUCGGUCAUUGGGCCGAAUCCCACCUACGGUCAUUGAAGGCGGAACACAUUGCGGGGACGGACAAUUGCAAGGCGGACUCCCUCAGUCGUCAGACUAUCGAUCAUUCAGAAUGGUCGUUGUCCCCAGCGAAUUUCCGAGAGUUAUCUACCCGAUUCGGGCUUCCCCUGGUGGACUUAUUCGCCUCCCAGAACAACAAGCAGGUCCCUCGGUUCUUUUCAAGGUUCCGUUCACGGGGGGCGGAGUCAGUGGACGCCCUACGCAGCAAGUGGCCCCCGGGCCUCCUAUAUGCCUUUCCGCCGAUCCCACUGAUCCCAAGAGUGAUAAGGAAGCUCCUCGAGGAGAAGGCAGAAUUGAUAUUGGUCGCCCCCUUCUGGCCCAGGAGACCCUGGUUUGCAGACCUGAUGAACCUCUCAAUCCAAGACCCGUGGAGGAUCCCGGACAGCCAAGUGUGUCUUCACCAGGGACCAGUGUUGCACCCCGAUCCACAAUGGUUUCGCCUAGCCGUGUGGAGAUUGAGCGGGCAUCUUAA